CUCCAAGGUCGUUCAACUCAAGGUGACAUCUUGCCUCCCUUGCGUGACUGAAAACUGCAUGAAACGGCCGCAUGAAAACUGAGGCAAGGGCUGGGCAAUAAAAAAACUAUGGGGAAUAUAACUGCUGGCCCUGCAGAAGGCAGGAGAGGGAGCCAAGAGUUCAACAUUCCACCGGAUGUAAAUAUCGUGGCAAACAACGAUUUGAACAACCCAGGCUUCAGCAAUAAUCCCAACCGCCCGGUCAGCAGUCAGAUGAUAGACAUGGUGCUGCAGUUUGCUGUGCCACUGCUGAGCCUGAUACUGAUUGCAAUGCAGGAAGGUGAAAAGAGAACCAGACAAAAGGAGAGGGAAAAACUUCUUGAGUUAGUCGCCUCAACGCAAGAGAAAUAUCAGAACGAGUUGGAGAAGACAAAGAUCCAAUAUUCAGCUGACCUUGGAGAAUUUGAGAAGAGGCAAGAGACAGAGAAAUUUAAGAGUAUUGCAGAUGUUGAUUUUAAAGAAGUAUUACAAGUUGAGGGUCACCGUAGACGCAUGAAGGAGAUCAUGAUGGACGAGCUACAAAGGGUAGAGGCACAAGCAACAUACGAAGAAGGACAGAAACUAAAAGAGCUGGCAAAGUAUGAAGCUCUUGUGCAUAGAUAUUUAGAUAUCCGUUGUAGCGUGUUUAAGUCCAGGCAAGGUAGAAUGGAAAUUGAGCAGCAGGCACUAAGUUUGUUGGAUAAAGAAAAAGUUUUACAGGGAGUUUCAGUGGCUGAAGGUUUAAAUCAGAUUUUUAGUCAUGAUUAUCGUUUUUGUGCAAGAAAUCCCAAUAAAAAUGGAAAACUAAGAUUUGCAUACUCCAAGUUGUGGAAGACACAAAUAGAAAAGCAAAAACAUGAAAAAAUUCUAAAAGAGUUGAAGAACUUGACAGAUUUCUCCUUUGAAAAAAAGUGAUAUUUGAAUGAAUCAGAUUCAGUAUUACUAGUAUGCUAUGUUGUGGUAAAGGUAAUUGUUAGACACUAUUAAUUCAUUUAGAUUUACUGAUUCUUUGAUAGAAUUAUGUUCACUUCUUCACUUGUCUCUUAAAUCAAGAAAUAAUGUACAAAUGAAUACCAAGGUAUAACAACUGAAAGUAAUUGAUACAUAAUUAGAAUGAUCAGUUUUCAACAUCAGUUAUGUACAUUAUAUCAAGUUACAGUGCUUUUUUUGUCAAACAAUAGGGUUAAAACUUUUUGUAAUUCUAAUUUUUUUUGUGUCAUCUAAGAUGCUAUUACUAGAAAAUAUGUUUCAGGUAUUCCUGUACCUGAGGAGUGUCAUCAGAUUAUCAGCUUUCGAUAUUACUUCGUGAUUGGGGCAAACUGACGAAUGAUAAAAAAAACAGUAUAAUAUCAAAAUCAGAUGAAGAGUUUUAGUUUUAUAAUUGGCAACUGGGCUAUGAGCCCUGCUUUAUAUGCAUGUAAUGUAGGGAAAUGAAUAUUCUGCUGGAAGCCUUGCCUACUUCUAUCAAAUUGAGGUUAUGAGAUUGUUGAGUUUUAUGUUAAUAAAACAAAAUGUUUUGAACACAUUG